AUGUUAAAGCUACCUACUUAUGUCGAUGUGCUAGAAAGGGCCGUUAUAGCAGAAGGAAAUCUUGCUGCUCAGAAUCGGACUUCCGAGUGGAAAGGGAAGAGGCAAAACAAUCAAUGGUCAAGGGGAUUAGUUACUCCACCAAAUAAGAAGCUUAAUUCAGGGAACUCCAGCACCACCACCCCUGCUCAAAACUCCAGCCCUGUGUGUCCAGACUGUGGAAGGCAGCAUCGUGGGACUUGCCACUGGAAGACUGGAGCUUGUUUUAAGAGUGGUAAAACGGGUCAUUUGGUAAGGGAUUGUCCACAGUGGACUCAACAAAAGGGUACUAGGACUACCACUAGUUCCGCGGGAUCUACACCAACCCCCAACGCAAAGGUAGCUGCUAAACCUACUAACAAUAAAGACACUACAAGGCAAGGUAGAGUGUUUGCAUUGGUUCUAGGAGAUGUACAGAAUGCGGCAACAGUGGUGUCAGGUACAUUUAUUGUUCAUGGUCAUUCUGCUCAUGUAUUGUUUGAUUCUGGCUCCACCCACUCUUUUGUGUCAAAACUAUUCGCUCCUAAUUUAGAUAAAACUAAAGAAAACUUGUCUUAUAUGUUAUGUGUGUCUUCCCCUUUGGAAGACUCUAUGAUCUGUACUUCUAUAUACUUAGCUUGUGAACUUCAACUUGGGGAUAUUCGGGUGUAUGCUAAUUUGCUACCUCUCGACAUGACCUACUUUGAUGUUAUUCUGGGAAUGGAUUGGCUGAGUGAUUAUGGUGCAACUAUAAACUACUUGACUAAACAAAUCAAUUUCCACCUUCUGGGACAUCUAGAGUCUAUUGUUCAGGGACAAGAAGUGACUUCACCACCUUAUCUGAUUUCUGCAGUCAAGGCUUGUAAACUACUUCAGAAAGGGUGUCAGGGGUAUUUCUGCAGUAUUUUGGAGGGACAAGUGAUGAAUGGGGAUAUUGAUAUGAUUCCAGUUGUUCGUGAAUUCCGGAUGUCUUUCCCGAAGAAUUGCCAGGUGAAGAUUAAAGCUGAUGAUGUGGAGAAGGCAGCUUUUCGCACUCGGUACGGUCAUUACGAAUUUCUAGUUAUGCUCUUUGGAGUUACUAAUGCACCGGUGGCAUUUAUGGAUCUAAUGAAUCGUGUUUUUAAGCCGUUCCUGGAUGAGUUUGUGGUGGUCUUUAUUGAUGAUAUUCUUAUUUACUCAAAAAGUGCAGAAGCUUAUGAGGAUCAUCUCCGCCUAAUCCUUUAA